GUUCCUAAGAAAAGCUCACUAUUGUUAAACCCUACUGCAAAGAACACACAAACGAAUUGCAGAAAAAAGAAAGAAAAAAAUGGCUCUUUGCAGAGCUCGAAUGGCUUCAUCUUUCCUUCUUCGCAAUGUCAUCAAUCGCUCUUUCUCUACAAGUCCAUUUGAAGCAAUGAUAUCGAAAAUGAAACCAUCGAAGGAGCUGGAAUCAAUGAUGGAUCAGUUCUCAUUAGACAUCAGUUCCCAAAUCGGAAGUUGUAUGCCAUUAGGUAUGAUGCGAAUCGGAACCCUAAUUCAUAAUAUCGAGAUGCGACCUGGGCAAGGUGGGAAAUUGGUUCGUUCAGCUGGGACGUGUGCUAAAAUCCUUACGGAACCCAAUGCUUCUACGAAGUAUUGUGAAGUGAAGUUACCUUCUGGUGUGAAGAAAUUGAUUGAUGUUAAAUGUAGGGCGACGAUUGGGCAAGUUUCGAAUCCGGAACAUGGGACGAAGAAGUUGAGGAAGGCUGGACAAUCCAGGUGGCUUGGACGGAGACCGACUGUUCGUGGUGUGGCGAUGAAUCCGGUGGAUCAUCCACAUGGUGGUGGUGAAGGGAGGAGUAAGAGUAGUGGAAGUCAUGGGAGGGGUUCGUUGACACCUUGGGGAAAACCUACUAAGGGUGGGUAUAAAACUGGGCCGCUUAAGAGGAAAAAGUAGUUCUUUUUUGUUUUGGGUGGGUAUUUCGAUGGAUACUUGUUUGUCCAUGUUACGCUUUCUUGAUGACGCUUAUGAGGAGACAAUAAUUAUCAGCAAAUCAAGUUUGAAUCUUGUUUAGGAAUGAUGGAGUUUUUUUCUGCAUUUUGAUUUGAUAGAAAUUGUGUUACUUCAGGUUUGUUUUGAACUAAUGGUUACGCGAAAGAUCAUUAGAAAAAUACCUUGUAAGCUAUUGUUUUUGCAAGUUCUGAGGAUUUUUAGUGCCUUGUUAUUUUUACCUGGGAAUAGGCAAAGAUGAUUACAUUUCAUUUGCUUAAUAUAAGUUUCUUUCUCCAUGCUG